AUGGCCGGCUUUGAUGUGGCCACUGGUGCCUUGGGCCUGGUAUCGGUGGGUAUUCAGGCCUUCAGUGGUAUAUUGGAUUAUUAUCAAGCAUACAAAGACUUCGACGACGAUAUCGCCCAAAUACUUCUUCAAGCAGGCAUUUUGAGAGCGACAUUAUGUCAAUUAGACGAGAAGUUGAGGGUGUUGCAAAGUCCCAAAUCUCCCCUUACUCCCCAGGCGGAAUGUGCCGUCGUAUCAAUUCAACAUUGCGAGCACGGGAUCAACAGAGUGAACACUCAAUUAGAAAAAUGCAGAAGUAGUUUACGAAGUGAACCAGUUUCAAAAGCUCGACACCGCUUGGAUCGAAUGCUUUAUCCGUUCAGGAAGGAGAAGUUGAAGGAAUUGCUGAAGAUUUUGGACAGUUUGAGAGGAAACAUCAACAAUUCAGCGGGAAUGGUUCAUCUUGCCGUAUCAAUGGCAAAUAGCGAAAAGGCAGAUUUGAUGAUUUCGAAGUCAGAAUCUACAAUGGACGCAGUCCAUGUCUUAAGCCAACAACAGAAAAAUACGAAUCACAGACUGGACCAGGUGGAAUUUAUGAUGCGUGAAAUUGUAUCUUUGGUCCCGGUUUCCUGCCAUGUGGUUAAUGAGAUGCUGAUACUCUCGAAUACAGGCGUCGGUGUUAACUCAUCACAAAGCACAACCUAUUCUCGAUCCUACCAGCCUGCGAUCGAUCUUAGAAACCAAGAAGCAGCUUGA